CUGCUUGUUUGCAGUACAACAUAAGCUCUUUCCUCUCUCACCAGAACUACCAUUUGGAAUGCGAAAAGAAAUAAAGUACUGCAAUCAGCAUUCAGAAGGAUAAUUAGUAUCAGGAUGGCAACGGAUGGAAAGUGGCUGUGGAAAACGACAUCAGUGGAACAGUUCUUCACUACUUACAAUGUUAGUUACCAGCUCACCCUCGCCAGCCGAGAGCCCCUUCUUGAAGAUCACCUCCGCCAGGCCCUCAUUCAUCUCUCAAGGAAAGUGCCAUUGUUGCGGCUGUGCUAUGCUCAACGGGAGGAGGAAUGGUGGCUCAGGGAGAUGGCUCAAGAAAUCAUUAACUUCGAGAUGAUCCCAGAUGUGACAAUAGAAGACGCACACCAGAAAUGUCUAGCAUACCAGUACGAUAUCAAAAAUGGUCCUCUGUGGUUUGCUAAACUCAAACCAGACUCGCCCUCCAUGGAGGGUGUGUCGGAUAUGGCUGGCUUUCCUCACAUAAGUACGGUCUUCCUGGGCCUCUACCACGGCAUCACAGACGGAUAUUCCAACAUGAAGAUCUGUGGAUACCUAGUACAACUUCUCGAGGAUGUAAUUGCACGUAAUCCCAUCAACGACGAAGAGAAACUAGGCAUCUGCGUAUCCGGGGAAAGAACACAACAGUUGGUAGAUGAGCGGUUUGCAGCUAUAAAGGCUGAUAGUGAGUAUAAAGAAAAGAUGAUGAAGGAGUUUCAGGCCAGUCAGAAAUCUUGCCUCCUUGCAAGCAUGAUACCUGAAGGUGCAGGAGAGAAAGAGCCCAAGACUCGCAUGCUGCUACGGAACCUGGACACUGAUACCAGCACCGCCUUCUUCAAGAGGUGUCGCGAAGAAGGGGUUACCGUUAAUUCAGCCUUCACUGCUGUAGGUAGCGUUGCCAUGGUCGAUUUCCUGGUGGAAGGAGGCAUCGACCAAGACACGUAUAGAAUCAGCAGUAAUCAUGUGGUCAAUGCCCGCAGAUACUGGGGAGGCGACACUUCCGAUUACCUGGGAUGUCACGCCCUGCCAACGAAUCCCGUGACAGUGGAAACACCACGCACUGUUGGGUCGAACUUCUGGAAUUAUGCAAGAGAGUUACAUCGCGAGUUUCAAAAGACUUUGGAAUCGGACAAGGCCAUACAUAUUGAAGCAAUGAAACAAGUCUGCCGAUCUGAAAAUCCUGACUCUGGUGCCCUUUCUAAACAGUCCCAGUUUGACUUUUGUGUAACUAACAUGGGGAACGUGACGUCGCUGGUAACGGAAGGUGGGGCUCACGUGCAGGCGACCCAUGUCCUGAGGACCACAGCAAUCCACCCGGUCCCCAACCUGUGGGCUCAUUUUCUGCAUUCCUUCCGUGGCAGACUUAUCAAUGUGUUAGCUUACAGCACUGAAAACAUCAAUGACGAGAUGGCGGUGAAUUAUUGCAAUAAAGUUUUCAAGCAUUUGCACGAGGUAAUUAACAUUAAAAAGUAAUUGCAACCAUUUUGUUAAUCUUUUGUAUUAGCAUUCCAGUAUUUUAUCUCCAUGAUAUUUUAGUGUGUUUAAAUACUUUUCAUUACAACUUACAUAUUGUAGGUUUUAGUAUGUGAUCUAGUCUCUACAACAAAAUCAGUGUAAAAUAAAGUAAUAUGAACCAUUAUUUACAACAGAAGUUUCGUGAUGAAUAAACCAAUAUUACCUAAUAAAAUUUAUCCUUUGCCAUUCAUUCGAGACGUAGCAGGUCCACUUCAUAGCAAGAUGAGACUGAAAGCACUGAAAGUACACCUUAGG